CCGAAAGUUAGCAUGUACAUCUUUGUAGAGUUGUAUUUCUCUUUAGUGGUCUAUGAGGGGUUUCCAGCACCGCGCCGACUGACUACUGAAGCGAGUGCCUCGCGUGCAUUCCUUGCCGUCCCACAGCAGAGUCGGAAACGGCAAGGCGACAUCCGUUUAGUAUAUUAAAGAAGAAGUUAGCAUUGAAAUCACAGGCAGGUCUCGGGACAACUGAGGAUCGGCGUUAGCAACAGCAUCAGGUACCGUAGCAACAGAACGCUCGUGCUCUCAACCGUUACUGCUCACAGAGCGGGUCAACAGCUGACUGUGUGAACCAUGAGACUGAAAACAUCGCUGCUGAAGGAACCCAAACAUAAGGAACUUGUAAGUUGUGUUGGCUGGACCACAGCAGAUGAGUUGUACUCGUGCAGUGAGGAUCAUCAGGUCCUCAGGUGGAACCUGCUGACCAGUGAGACCAGUCUGGUUGUCAAAUUUCCUGAGGACAUUUAUCCUGUUGACCUACACUGGUUUCCCAAAGCUGUUGGUGGCAAGAAACAGAUGCAGCCUGAGAUCUUUGUCCUCACCAGCACUGAUGGGAAGUUUCAUCUGGUGUCCAAGAUGGGACGAAUUGAGAAGAGUGUUGAAGCACACAAAGGAGCGGUGCUGGCUGGGAAAUGGACUUAUGAUGGUACUGCUCUCAUCACAGCUGGAGAAGAUGGGCAGAUCAAAAUAUGGUCCAAAAGUGGGAUGCUGCGCUCAACACUGGUCAGCCAAGGGUCCCCAGUUUAUUCUGUGGCCUGGGGUCCCAACUCAGACAGGAUCCUCUACACCUCCGGAAGACAGCUGAUCAUCAAACCUCUGCAGCCCAGUGCCAAAGUUGUACAGUGGAAGGCUCACGAUGGGGUGGUUUUAAAAGUGGACUGGAACUCAGUCAAUGACCUCAUCCUUUCAGGUGGAGAGGACUGCAAAUAUAAGGUAUGGGACAGCUUUGGCCGCCUGCUUCACUCCUCCUCGUCUCACGACUACCCCGUCACCUCUUUGUCCUGGUCUCCUGAUGGAGAGGUGUUUGCCAUGGGCUCCUUCAACACCCUGCGGCUCUGUGACAAGACAGGAUGGUCCUAUGCAUUGGAAAAACCCAACACAGGCAGUGUGUUCAACUUGGCCUGGUCUGCAGACGGCACCCAGCUGGCCGGGGCCUGCGGAAAUGGACAUGUCGUCUUCGCCCAUGUAGUUGAACAACAUUGGGAAUGGAAGAACUAUGUGAUCACCCUUACAAAGAGGAGGACCAUGCAGGUGAGGAAUGUGAUGGAUGACGCCGUGGAUGUGUUGGAGUUUAGAGAUCGAGUCAUCAAAGCCUCUCUGGCACAUGGUCACCUCGUGGUUGCCACUUCCCUCCAAUGCUAUGUCUACAACUCCAGAAACUGGAAUACUCCCCUCAUCUUUGACCUGAAGGAGGGAACAGUCAGCCUCAUCCUGCAAGCAGAGAAGCAUUUUCUCCUCGUGGACGGAGCAGGGUUGUAUAUAUUCUCUUACGAAGGUCGACCGAUAUCGUCCCCAAACUUUCCGGGAAUGAGAGCUGACAUCCUGAAUGCCCAGGGCGUCUCACUCAGUAACGACACCGUUGCCAUCCGAGACAAGAGCGACGAAAAAGUCAUCUUGCUCUUUGACGCCUUGACUGGAAAAGUCCUUGGUGAUGGAAAGCACUUGACUCACAAGCUGGACGUGGUGGAGAUCGCUCUGGAUCAGAGUGGCCCGUCUGCUGACAGGAAAAUCGCUCUGAUAGACAAGAACCGUGACCUCUACUUGACCUCUGUGCGUCAUCUUGGGCGAGAACCCAAAAUUUGCAAAAUUGGCAGCAUGGUCCACAGCAUGGCGUGGAACGACGCCGCUAACGUCCUGUGUGGAAUCCAAGACACCCAGCUCACAGUGUGGUACUACCCGAGUGUCGUCUUCACCGACAAGGAACUGCUGCCAAAAACGCUGUUCCUGAAGGACGGCAGCGAGUUCAGCCGUGCCCCCCACAUUUUAAGCUACGUUGGCACCAAGGUGACGUUACGCCAAGGAGACGGCUCCCUGGUUUACAGCAGCGUUCUGCCGUACCCCGCUCUCCUGCACGAAUACAGCAGCUCUGCACGCUGGGAAGACGCACUCCGCCUCUGCCGCUUCGCGAAAGACCAGUCUCUGUGGGCGUGUCUUGCUGGGAUGGCGAUGGCCAGCCGGGAGCUCAACACAGCGGAGAUGGCCUACGCUGCCAUUGGAGAGUUACCCAGAGUGCAGUACAUCAACUUUAUAAGGGAACAGCCGUCGAAGGAGUCGUCUUUGGCCCACACGCUGCUGUUCAGCGGUCACAUUCAGGAGGCUGAGGCCAGCCUCUUACAAGCCGGGCUCGUGUACCAGGCCAUACAAGUCAACAUUGACCUUUUCAACUGGGAGAGGGCACUGGAGCUGGCAGUUAAGCACAAAACCCACGUGGACACCGUACUGGCCUAUAGAGAGAAGUUCCUACAAAGAUUUGGCAGGAAAGAGACCAAUCAGAGAUUCCUGCAGUAUUCUGAAGGGGUUGAAGUAGAUUGGGAAAAAAUCCAGGCGAAGAUUGAGAUGGAGUUGUCCAAAGAGAGAGAAAAAGCUGCGAAUGCCUCUGUGAGGAGCAGUGUGGCCUCACGGCGCUGACUUCCAGAGGGGCUUAACUUCGAACUUUAGUUUGAGAAAAACUAUCGAACAUUCUCAAUCACAGCUGAAAUGCUUCCAUCGUUGGACUACAGGAGUAACAUGGAAACUCCAAACCCAGAGAUCUUCUUCUUCCUGGACUCUUCUUCAGGCCUCUCUGACAGGGGGACUUAUUUCACUGGAACCGGAUUCCUAUCUUUCUUGAUCUUAUUUGUCCAAAUGAGCGCUUUCUUUCUUUUCAUUUUUGUUUGUGUUUUCAUGAAAUAUAUUUUUGCACUUUAUACAUUCAACCUGUUACCUCCUGUAAAUACCAGAAAGGUUCUCUGUUAAUAAAACACG